AUGUCAUCGUCAUUUUAUUUUUCAUUCGGUCUUCUUCUUUCAUUCUUUUUAUUUAUCUCAAGUUCAGCAUUAUAUCGUCCGGUAUCAUCUGCUGUUUCUUAUCAAAAAAGGAAUAAUUUAUAUUAUGAUACAUAUGACAGCAACGAAGACAAUGAUAUACAAUUAAUGAUCUAUCCAAAAUAUUUAAGUUAUCCUCGUAUUCAACGAUCAUCAGCGUUUAAUCCUCGUACAAUUCGUAAUUCAUGGUUUCGUGCAUCAACUUAUCAACAUAUGAAACCAAGUGGAGCAUCAGAAGAAAAAUCUUCAGGAGAUAAGCUUAUGCGAUGGGGAUAA